CCUCCCUUCCCCCUAUCAAUUACACCUUCAUCCUCUCUCCUCCCUUCUCACCUACCAACUACAUGUACAACACCCCCUUCCUUUCUCCUCCCUUCCUCAGUGGAGGCGGCAAAGAUCCAGGUCCAGCUGUAUGUCUCCAGCAUCGACGCUGUCAACGAGGCUAGCAUGGAUUUCACAGUCGGCAUUCUUCUCCAUCUACGAUGGACCGACUCUCGCUACGGAGAGUUCUCUAAGAAAAUGUUCGACAAGAACGGCUUCAGCAUGAUGGACUUUGACUCGGAGAACAUCAAGAACGUGUGGGUGCCUGACAUCUUCUUUCCCAACGAGAAGAAGGGCUACUUUCACGACAUCAUGAGCAAGAACCAGAUGAUGAGGCUGUACAGAGGAGGCGAGAUCCUCUAUAUCUCCAGUCAGUUACUCCGACCAGGAUGUCGUGUUCACCUGGAUGAACGCCUCAGAACCGUUUGUGACUGGCGGGGAGCUGGAGGCGAUGCCCGUCAAGUUAGCUGACGAGGUGGUUCUGCCUCAGUUUGAGGUGAAGGGGGUGGAGCCUACGUACUGUAACAUACAGUACCACCAGAAGAUGGGUAACCACAGCUGCCUCCAGGCAGACUUCCACAUGGAGAGGAACAUCGGCUUCUACAUCGUUCAGAUGUACAUCCCCAGCAUGCUCAUCGUCAUGUUGUCCUGGAUCUCCUUCUGGCUCACGGUCAACUCCGUGCCCGGCCGCAUCUCCCUGGGGCUACUCACGGUCCUCACAAUGACCACACAGAGCUCUAGUGUGAACGCCUCCCUGCCCCGAGUCUCCUACACAAAGGCCAUAGAUGUGUGGAUGUCGACGUGUCUCGUCUUUGUUUUCGCGGCUCUGCUGGAGUUUGCUGUGGUCAACGUACUGAGCAGGAAGGAUUCCAUCCGGGGGUUCUCGCUCAAACACGUCUUUACGGUACCCAAGGAGCUACUGGGAGGCAAUGACGUGGCCGAGGUGACGGUACCCCUGGACGGGUUCAACAACCCUCCCAAGAAGCGCCGGUUCAUGGAGCGAGGCAUCGUCUACGCCAUGUACGUGGACAUCGCCGCACGCAUCUUCUUCCCCCUCUGCUUCAUCAUCUUCAUCGUCAUCUACUGGCUCUAUUACGUCAACGCUUCCUAAAAACAGAGGACCUCCGCUGCCGUUCGGGGACUGCCCGGCUCUUGGCAAUGUUCCAGCGAGACUCACGCAUCGGAUUUUACUACGUUUUAUUUUACUUUAUUUUAUUUCAUUUUAUUUUUUUUUUAUUUUUAUUUUUUAUUUUUAUUCAUU